CGGCGCGCUCGUGACGUCAGAUGCGGGCGCCACACUUGAAGAGGGUGCGGGAAGCCGGGGAGCGGAGCUGUCAUGGAGUUAAUGCAAGAAGCGCGGGAACUGGGCUGCUGGGCGACGGAAGAGAUGGGAGCGCCCGUCGCAGCCCGAGCCCCGGAGUCGACGCUGCGCAGACUGUGUCUGGGCCAAGGGGCCGACAUCUGGGCCUAUGUCUUGCGGCAUGUGCACAGCCAGAGGAGUGUCAAGAAGAUCCGGGGAAACCUACUCUGGUAUGGCCACCAGGACAGUCCAGAGGCCCAUCGGAAGCUGGAGCUGGAAGCCACUGUUGCUCACCUGCGGGCAGAGAUCCAAGAAUUAGACCAGAGCCUGGAGCUGAUGGAGCAAGAGACUGAAGCUCAGGACAUGGCCCUGGAGCAAGCCCUGCAGAACAUUCAAGACACCCAGCGUCGCGCUCUCCUCCUCCAGGCCCAAGCUGGGGCCAUGAGAAGGCAGCAGCGUGGACUGCAGGAUCCCGUGCAGCGGCUGCAGAAUCAGCUGAGGCGUCUACAGGACAUAGAGAGGAAGGCCAAAGUAGAUAUAUCCUUUGGACCCUUGACAUCAGCAGCCCUGGGCCUCGAACCUGUGGUCCUGGGUGAUGUCCGAAGAGCCUGCACCCUCCGGACCCAGUUCUUGCAGAAACUCCUAAUUCCUCAGGCCAAGGGAGGCAGCGUCCCAACCCCUCGAGAUGACUACUUUGGAGCUUCCUACCAGCAGUGGCUUAGCUCUGUGGAGACACUACUGACAAACCAUCCUCCGGGUCAUGUCCUGGCCUCCUUGGAGCACUUGGCUGCAGAGCGGGAGACAGAGAUUCGGUCCCUGUGCAGUCCAGAUGGGCUCCGAGAUACAGAGAUGGACAGGUCCCAGACACCAGACCAGUCAGACUCCAGCCAGGCCCUGCCAUCCAUGGAGCAUCUCAUCCAGGAGGGCUGGCGGGCUGUGGGUGUACUGGUUGCCCAGCGGGGCCCCCUUCUGAAGGAGCGUCAAACCCUGACCCAGCGCCUCCAAGGCCUGAUGGAGGAGGUGGAGAGAUAUGCCCCAGGAUCCAGUGAGAGGCAGGCCUUCAUGCUGGGGCUCCGUGGCUGUGGCCUAUGGGCAGAGCUCAAGGCCCUGCGUGCCCAGAGCCAGGAGCUGGAGGAGGUGGCUGGGCAGCGGCAGCUUCUGCUGCAGGAGCUACAGGCCAAACAGCAGCGGAUCCUGCACUGGCGCCGGCUGGUGGAGGAGACACAGGAACAGGUCCGCCUCCUCAUCAAGGGCAACUCAGCCAGCAAGACACGCCUUUGCCGGAGCCCUGCAGAGGUGCUGGCUCUGAUUCAGCGAAAAGUGGUCCCCACAUCUGAGGUGGUGGCACCACAGAGUCAGGAGCUGCUUCGCUGUCUGGAGGAGGAAGCCCGGCAUCUUCCGCACCUUCUGCUGGGUCCCCUGCUUCGGCACAGCCCUGGAGGAUUACAGCCCCUGCCCACGGUCCUGCCAUCCAUCCACCAGCUGCAUCCUGCGUCCCCGAGGGGCUCCAGCCUCAUAGUGCUGAGCCACACACUGGGGCUGCCUGCAGGGAAGGCUCCGGAACUGCUCCUCCCAAAGGCUGCCUCUCUUCGCCAGGACCUUUUGUUCCUCCAGGACCAGCAGAGUCUCCGGUGCUGGGAUCUGCUGCACGUGAAGAACAGCCUGCCACCAGGCCCAUCCACCCAGGAGCUGCUGCAGAUCCGGGCAUCCCAGGAAAAGGAACAGAAAGACAAUCUGGGGCAGGCUCUGAAGCAGCUGGAGAACGUGCUGAAACAAGCGCUGGAGCGAAUCCCCAAGCUACAGGGGGUUGUGGAGGACUGGUGGGAGCAGCCAGGCCAAGCUGCCCUGUCCGAGGAGCUCUGCCAGGGCCUGUCCCUGCCCCAGUGGCGGCUGCGCUGGGUCCAGGCCCAAGGUGCCCUGCAGCAGCUGUGCAGAUGAAAAGGGGCCUCAAACAGAAGUCAGGAGCUUCAUAUUCACCCCUUCAUGAGACCUUUGGAAGAGAACAUCACCUGGAUGUGUUAGCCCACUGUCUCUACCCACACUUGCUGUCCCCCUCACAGGUGUUUCUGUUCCUCUCAACUGCCUUGGACUUGUCUUUUCAUCACAUCAAAGCCAAGAGAAUGGGGUACUCUGGACCCCACCCUAGGUGCCCCUGAAACUCCCCUCGUCAGCGGAAAGUCAUUGAAUGAAAAGUCAUUGAGCACCUGCUGUAAACACUGAAGAUCCGGCACUGAACAAAGUGCACGCAAGUCCCAGCCCAGGAAGUUGUUCAGCACAGGGAAGCAGACCCUUGACAAGUUAAGUGAGCACAUAGCAUGUUCGAAGAUAAAAGCUCUGGAGAAAAAGAAAGCAGGCAGUAGGAGGUGUGACUUUAGCUAGAAGACUGCACACACUCUGUGAAGGUGAUUAGAGGGCAUCUGAGGAGAGCCUGUGGGGGGCCAGAAGAAGGCAAGAGCUGGGGAAACAGCCCUGAGCUCAAGGUUGUCUUCUAGUUUUUACAUUGUUUUUUACAUUUAAAUCUCUGAAAUCAUUUGGAAUUUAUCCAAAUGGAUCCAGUUUUGUCUUAUUUUACAUAUAUCCCAAUAGCACUUAAAAUUCUCUGAAGGAGAGGUGGGUAGCAGGGAUCAACCAAGGGUCAGGAGACAAGGGAACUUUCUAGAGUUGAAAAUGGAUUACAUGUUGAAGGUAGUAAGGAUAGAUGUCAGAACUCAUCUAGCUAUACUCUUUUAAGUCUGUGCAUUUCACCGUGAAUUAUUCUUCACCUUGCAUUAUUCUUCAACUUAUAAGGUAAAACUUUACCCACCUAUAUAAAAUAAGAUUUCAGGUGAUUUGAGAUGCCACCUCUUCGUAUGCUAAAUGUCUGUGAGUAAUCAGACUAUAUCUGGAUUCUCUUCAAGUCUGUUGUCUCAUAUGCUAUCCCCACCGUGUUCUAAUUAUAAAGGUUUUAUUAUGUUUUAGGAUCUGAAA